UGACAUCAGAUUAAGUCCCUUUUCAUUUGCCGUUUAUGCCUGUCUCAGUCUCUGCUACGGGAACAACCGUGUAUGUUUCGUGGAUGUUUUUUAAUUUGCAGAAGACGCAAAUGGAUUGCAGUGAGACUCUGAUGAUUUAAAGGUCUGAUGCGUGUAGCUGUCUGAUAGCUCUUUGUUUUCCACACUUCUUUGCCUAGAAAAAGAAAUCAAAGUGUGUUUUAAUCAUGCUGACCAGCAAGGGUGAGGAAUUCCUUCACUUUGCUGUGUGUCUCUGGUUGUGUGUAUUCAUAUCUUUCUCUAAAGGUUGUGCAGGCUGUGCGUCUGAAGAGAGACUCUUUCACAAGCUAUUCUUUCAUUAUAACCAGUUCAUCAGGCCCGUGGAAAAUGUUUCUGAUCCUGUCACCGUGCAUUUUGAAGUGGCCAUUACACAGCUGGCCAAUGUGGAUGAAGUAAACCAGAUCAUGGAAACCAAUCUGUGGCUGCGUCAUAUCUGGAAUGAUUAUAAAUUGCGAUGGGAUCCAAUGGAGUAUGAUGGCAUUGAGACUCUUCGUAUUCCUGUUGAUAAGAUUUGGAAGCCUGACAUUGUUCUCUAUAACAAUGCUGUUGGCGACUUCCAAGUGGAAGGCAAGACAAAAGCUCUUCUUAAAUACGAUGGCACGAUAACCUGGACUCCACCAGCUAUUUUUAAGAGUUCCUGUCCUAUGGAUAUCACCUUCUUCCCUUUUGAUCAUCAAAAUUGUUCCCUGAAAUUUGGUUCCUGGACAUAUGACAAAGCUGAAAUCGAUCUUCUAAUUAUUGGCUCUAAAGUAGAUAUGAAUGAUUUUUGGGAAAAUAGUGAAUGGGAAAUUGUUGAUGCUUCUGGCUACAAGCAUGACAUAAAGUAUAACUGUUGCGAAGAGAUAUACACAGAUAUAACCUAUUCUUUUUACAUUAGAAGACUGCCAAUGUUUUAUACUGUUAAUCUGAUUAUCCCCUGUCUCUUUAUUUCAUUUCUAACUGUGUUGGUCUUUUAUCUUCCUUCCGACUGUGGUGAAAAAGUGACACUUUGCAUUUCGGUUCUGCUUUCUCUGACUGUGUUCUUGCUGGUCAUCACAGAAACCAUCCCGUCCACGUCUCUUGUGAUCCCACUGGUAGGUGAGUACCUACUGUUCACCAUGAUCUUUGUCACCCUAUCCAUCGUGGUGACAGUCUUUGUGUUGAACAUACACUAUCGUACUCCAACCACACACACCAUGCCCAAGUGGGUAAAGACAGUUUUCCUUCAGCUGUUACCCCAGAUCCUGAUGAUGAGGAGGCCUCUGGACAAGAUGAAGGAGACACGUUCUGAUAAAAACCGCAAAGGUAUUUCCAGUAAACCAACAAAAGUCAAGUUUGCUAACUGCAGAGAGCCCAAUCUUAAAGAGUGCUGCCAUUGUAAUAAAACAAGGGAGCUUACCACCACCAGCAAGAGAAGAUUAAGUCAUCGGCCUUUACAAUGGAUGACUGAAAAUUUGGAGCACUCCCCUGAAGUUGAAGAUGUGAUUAACAGUGUUCAUUUCAUUGCAGAAAACAUGAAGAACCAAAAUGAAACAAAGGAGGUAGAAGAUGACUGGAAAUAUGUGGCCAUGGUGGUGGACAGAGUGUUUCUUUGGAUAUUUAUCAUUGUUUGUGUGUUUGGAACUUCAGGGCUAUUUCUACAGCCACUACUUGGGAACACAGGAAAAUCUUAAGAUAUAUGGAACUUGCAACCACUUUGUUUUGUAUUCCCUACCAUAAGGAAAAAGACAUAAAGCUUCCUACCCAAGUCCCCUAUCUACCGAAGCCAAUGACUAGAUGGAUAAAUAGGAUUGUGGAAGAGGAACCUGAAUGCCUUCCUUUGUAGAUGUUUUAUAAUGCAAGAGCCCAGAAUGGCACCACUCCCAGGCUAAGAGUGUCAGGUCAGGCUUCUCCUGUCUGUAUAUGGGAGGCUUCCUGGGACAGGAAUGACCUGCAGUACAGUCAAACUGUGUAAUUAACAUCAAGAUACACUAAGAAGAGGUUUAUUGUACCUCCGGUUUAUGCUGUUUAUCAGUGUAAUGACACAUGCCAGCUGUGAAACUCUGGGACUGGGACCUUGCUGACAUUUGCAGUGCCCGUGAACUAUUAUACCCUCGCUUUCCUGUGCAUGCCUCUGUGAUGAUCCCCACACACGUCAGCAUUUUUUGAUAGAUUCGUUGGUAAAAAUAAUACCAGAUAAUCAGUGUCUAUCUUACCAGGGUAUAUUUAAUUAGCAUUCAUCUGUCAAGAACCUUGAUGGUAACCUAGCCCUGUGUUAGGCAUUGCAAGGGUAAUAUAAAUAGGUUCUGUCUCCACGCACUUGCAGCUUUUUAGGAAAAGUCAUAUAUACAAGACCAGGCAGGUAUCAUGCAGGAAUGUCACUAGGAGGAACAGAUUACCUGAUAAGCAAGGUAAGCACGUGCUCAGAGCAUCAACAGAACAGGGACACCAGUUGUCAAAAGCAAAGACCCAUAGAUGCCAAGCAGACAGGAUACAAGGAAAAUUGAGAGCCACAGUGGAAGGGAACUGGCAGGGCACUAAAUGAUGAGGGCACCCACACUUUUUAAUGGGAAAUUGGUGAAAGUCAAUUUUUCGUUGUGGGAGAUCAACAGAAUUUUACAUUGAUUGUUGAAACAACUAAGUUCACAGACUCAUUUUCUUUGUUGUAGAAUAUGUGAGAAUGUUCUUUUUGUAGAAAAUGUGGUGUAUAGUGAAAAUCUUAGUUCCUGGCACCCACUAAAAAUUUUAUAAUCCAGUUCAUCUCAUUCCACUAAAAUAGCAUAUGCCACUUUUGAGUUCAAUCGCUA